CUUACACGAAAACCCUCUUCUCGUCUAUGAUCAUGAAUUCACUUCGUCUUCUCUCUAGGAAUGUGCAACAGAUCGCACGCUCAACUGCACAAGUCCGCCAUUUCCAAAGCACGUCGUUGCUGCUGACAGGCAAGGUCCAUGAUGCUACUGAUAAGAACUUUCAGGAGCUUAUCACUGCCAAGGAACCUGUCCUUGUCGAUUUUCACGCAGAAUGGUGCAGACCUUGCCAUACGCUCGACCCUAUUCUUCGUGAUGCGGUCAAAAAGUCUGGUACUGUUACCCUGGUCCGCGUCAAUGUCGAUGACUGUCCUGAGACCUCCACACAGUUUCAGAUUGCCAGCAUUCCUUGCGUUAUGGUCUUCAAGAAUGGGCAACCAGUUGACAAAUUUGUAGGCGCAUAUCCUAAGGACGUAGUCAAUAGCUUUGUGCAAAAGCAUGCUUGAGUGUGCUCAAGUUAGUUAAAGAUCCUUGUGGUUAGAUAGCCUUAGUUUUUUUUUUUAUUUUUUUAUUUUUUUUUCCUUUACAUAACCAUAAAGCGUAUCAUCAAUGCAGGGUUCAUGGCUCAUUUGCUCAGGG